UAUCAUGUUAGCCGACGGAGUCAUAUGUAAAUAGCUUUACGAGCUUAUGGGAUGUCAGCUUGGAUUUAUUUUUUUUCUGAGUGUUUUGUAAUUUUGAGUUGACACCUGGAUAUUUUUCUAAAUAUAAUGGACACCAGAAGUUCUAUGUGAAGGUCUUUGCUGUGUUUUGCAGUAAAAUCCGUCAGGUUAACUUGCCUCGGUGGACUAGCCUGUUAGCUAUCGCGGCCAUAACGAGCAGCACAACAAACACCGAGUCGAGCCCACGAGUCGGCGAGUCGACAUUAGACAUUUCUGCCAUCGUCAUCAUGGAGAAGGCUGAUUUCUUAAAAGGACUUCCAGUCUACAAUAAGAGCAACUUCAGCAGAUUCCAUGCGGACUCAGUUUGCAAAGCCUCAAACCGAAGGCCGUCUGUUUACCUCCCAACCCGGGAAUACCCUUCAGAACAGAUUAUUGUAACGGAGAAAACGAAUAUCCUCCUGCGUUACCUGCAUCAGCAGUGGGACAAAAAGAAUGCAGCAAAGAAAAGGGAACAGGAACAAGGCGAGGUGGACAGCCCGGCACCGCCGAGGAAAAUCGCCAGGACAGACAGCCAAGAGAUGAAUGACGACUCAUAAAGUGUGUGUGUGUGUGUCUGUGUGUGAGAGGAUGAAAUGGCAUGUGCACAUACAGGGUGUAGCCUAUGUGAACUGAUGAACACAGAACGUUAGGCAAACCUGAAUAAAAAUACGUGGUAGUUUUGAAAAGAGGUGCACUGAUCAGGAUUUUCCUGGCUGACUGUGUUUAAGAUGGAGUCAAAAUCCAUCAUAAUGUUUUAGUUUUGGCUCUGACUGACUCCUCCCCGUGUGGGCCUGUACACCUGUAUGUGUUUGGAUGCGUGUUGCGCUGUGGAUGCGUGUCGUUCCGUUUGCGUGAAGCGAGUGAAUGUUAAAGUGUGUUGAGUGAAGAUGGAGACACACUGGACAGAAAAAGCUACUUUUAAAAACUAAACCUGUGUAGAUCCGCUCUGAUCCACGUGAACGUUUUGUUACUCUGUUAAUUUUAUUACAACUCGUCGAUGUUGAGCUUCCUGCCAGCCGCAGUGCCCACUCUUUCACUGCCCACUUUUAACCACACGGGGGCGCUUCAGCUUCUCUGAAACUCCACAGAACCAAGAAUCCACUGUGACAAAGAGCACAAAUUAGAGCCAUUUCUUCCAAAAGCCCCCUUAAGAUGCGACUAUAUUCAUAUCUGUGUUUUAAUCUGGGACUUGUGCUCGUAGGAUUUAGGUUGAUUUGUCUGAGAUGCAUUUUCUCACCUAGCAUUUCACUGAUUAUGGCUAUAAAAAAAUUAGAUUUUCUUGAAGGAAUUCAGACCCGUAAAGCACAGAUGAUACAAAAAAACCUGAUAAUCCCAUGAAAGGAAAGGUGGUGGGGUUUUUUUGUGUGUAAAUAGUUACCAUCAGAAUUGUCCAGUUAAAUAAGUUUGUGUUUUCCUAAAAUAAAAACACACCCAGGAUGCGAUAGGAAAGGUUGCUCCCUGAUGCCCAGUGUAUGUUCUCUGACUUGCAUGUUGUUGUUUUCACUGCUGGUUUUGUUACAGAACCGAAGGUAUCAGCCCAGAGGCCUUACAACUCGUCAUUGUGGUCCGAAUCCCUUUAGCUGUCCCUGCUUGGCUACGUUCUGCAUCUUCCAGUCUCUGAAGGUCUUUUUCAGUUUGAGAUCUGGCAUGAAUUAUCACAGAGUGGGAUUUAAAAGGGAUAUUUUAGUAUUUUCAGCCACAGAAUGCACAUGGAGCUUGGGAAGCAGCGUACUUACUUUCAGUUUGUUCUGGUGUCAUAAACCGCUACACUGCGACGAAGCUUCUUGUUAUCGCUGUCCAGCAGAGUCACGUCGAAGCCUCCUGAUGUUUUAUCAACCGAUGCAGCAGUGUACAUAUCCACUUUUUUUUUUUUUUAUUAAAAAAACAUGAUAUGCUUCUGCUCUGAUAGACUGUUCAGCUCCACAUUAGGCAUUGCUCCCAUACUGUGUUUGAUCAGAUGUUCCUUUAAACUUUGUUCAAAAUAAAGCUUCACUGAAACUAGA